AGAUCAUGUAGCUGUAGUUGUAACAUGUAGCCCCAAACCUUGAUGAAAGUCGACGGCAACAGAGAUGGGUUACUCUUCAUAGGACUGAACCAGGAUCACAGCUGUUUUGCGUGUGGUGAUGAGGUUGGUGUGCGGAUCUUCAACUGUGAUCCUGUAAAACAGCUGCAGUUUCAGAAUUUUAAUCAUGGUAUUGGUCACGUGGAGAUGCUGUUUAGGUGUUGUUAUCUCGCACUCGUCGGUGGAGGACAGGACCCCACGUGGGACACCACCAAGGUAGUAGUAUGGGAGGACCAGAUCCAGCGUCCAGUCUGCGAGAUAGAGAUGUCCCACCCCGUACUGAGCGUGAAGCUGAAGAGGGACCGGAUAGUUGUAGUGACUUUAGAGGAAGUGUACGUGUACACAUUGGAUCACAACCCUGUCCUACUGCUGUGUUACUCUACUAGUGUCAACCCUGCUGGGUUAACAGAACUGUGCACCACCACCUCACUCUUAGCGUUCCCUGGGGUGGACAAAGGGCAGGUCUCCCUGGUUAACAUAGCGGAGGAUUCCCAGAGUCAGAUGCGGAUGAUCCCCGCGCACACGGGCCCACUCGCUAUACUCUCCCUAAACAUGCAGGGCACCAUGCUCGCCACCGCGUCCGACAAAGGGACGCUCAUCAGAAUAUUUGACACACAUACGUGCUUGUUGUUGUACGAGUUACGGCGGGGCACUAACAAAGCUCACAUUUCCAGUGUAGCCUUCAACAGACUAUCCAAUCUUUUGUGUGUGACCUCAGAUACCAAGACCCUCCAUAUCUUCUCACUGGAUGGGAAGAGCAAGAGCAGGUCUGUUACUAAGCACACUUUGUCCCAGGGGCUACCGUCUGUCUGCUGUUUUGGGAAUGAUGAGAAUACUGUCAUUGUUAUUAGUAGUUCGGGGUAUUAUUUUAAGAUAAGGUGGAAUGAUAAGGGGGAGACUUUCAAGGAGGAGCAGUUUAAGUUCAUGUUGUUGUCGGAUGAUUGAGGUGUGACGUUAUGUCACGUGGUGUGACGUCAUGUCAUGAUAACGUUUGGCUGUUACGUUAUGCAGCCUGAUUUGUUGUCAGCCUCAAGAUAAUUUUUAUCCCCUAGAGACGCAGUAGAGAGCCUAAGUUAUUUAAAUUAUCUUCAACAAUGAGUAAUUAUUGUAGUUAUUGUAAUUUGAGAUACUGUUUUCAACGGUACAUCUUAAUAUAACCAUGUGAUAUCACCCACAUAUUUAAAUUGUAACGGUAACAACAUCACACAUUAAAAUUUUCCCCAAAUUUUCACUUUGAAAUUUUACAUUUUGAUCAAGAUGAUCACUGUUUUAUAUGUAAUAAUUGCAAUGUUUUCAGCCACUGUUCCACUGUUUUACAAUAUUUUCACUUGGUCGGACUUGUCCUCAUAGCCAAAGUAGUUAACAAUUGUGUGUAAAUUAUGCUGCCUUUAGCACUACACACCAUCACAAGCUAAUUAUUUGCUCACCAAAUACGUAUAAUCAAGUGUCGACACAAAGUGUCCUGAAUCACAUUUGCACCGAACCACCUUAAUACUAUAUAAUUCCACAACAGUCCCCCAAAGUUUCCUACAAGUAACUGACUCACCAGCCCAGUUAACAUGGUGAGAUACUCUCCAAUACCAAUGAAAGACAAGAACUGGAGACUGGUAGCUGCAGCGAUAUUGACUGCUGUAUCUGGGACUUUGUUCUACAGACUCAAAACGGAGAAGGUUGAACUUAUGGAUAAAGCUGAUGCGCUCGAUCAGGGUUAUAGUUAGAGGUACGACGUCAUGGCACGGUGGUUUAACGUCAUGGCAAGUGGUGUGACGUCAUGUCACGUGACGUCACGGCACGUGGUGUGACGUCACGGCACGUGGUGUGACGUCACGUGUCGUCAUGUCAUGAUAUGAAGUGUUCUAAUGUGGGUAAUUACAGCUCGAUUCUGUGAAACUUAAUCAGCUGACUAGAAAUGAAACAAUCUUACCAUGAUCCCCGACACAGAUACAUUAGGGACUGAAAUAAAGGAGCAAGACUUUAUUAUAAUUGUACGAACGUUUUUUCUUGUUACAUUACCUGUCGCUAAGUAUUCAUGUGUUGUUGGAUAGACUAUGGCAAUGUAACAGUUAAUCAUUGUGUUGAAUAGUAUUAUAAACAGCUUUUCAGGCGGCAUUAAUGUCCUUUUUAGUGUGUUUUCAUACUUGUAACCAAUAUAUAUAUAUUUUAAUGAUACUAUUUGUCUUUUUUA